AUGAAGUUAGCCGGGCAUACUGAAAGCCCUCGCCCAGAGAAGAAUGCAGGAUAUCGGACAGGAGGACUUCUCAAGUGGGGGUACGAAUCAAGGUUUCCUGGUGCCUCGGUGACUGGAGUUGUUGGUCAUGUAGGUUACUUUCUUCCAAGCGAAUCUAAGGCUGAGGAGGCAACUAGUCUUGAUGCCAGUCUGGUUCAAGGACACAAAGAGCUCAGUUCGUUAGACGCUAAAUUCUCAAGACUUUCAGAGGAAGAAGAGAAACUGGAGGUUGAGAUCCAGCGUUUGAUUGCCAAAAAAGAGGAGCUGCUUGAUCACAAAAACUCAGUUGCUUCUCAAUUUGAAAAGACCAAUGAAAAGGUAUCUAAGGAUCUGGCAGAAUGGAAAAACUUGGAAGAGGAGAUCAAACGAGCAGAUGACAACUGGUAUGGGGGAAAAGAGAGACUAGCUCAAGCCAACACCAGUUGGCAACUUUUCAAGGAGCGCUUGGAGCUGUAA